UGUCCGCGCGGCGGCGGUGCGUGCGUUGGCGGGGUCCGCGCGCUCCGCGCAGCCGGCGGCGCUCGGACCCCCCUCAUGGCCAAGCGGCGCGCGGAGCCGCUGGUGUGUCACGUGCCCGUCAAGCGGCACCUGCGCGAGCCGCCGACCCCCGCAGCCGCGUCCGAGCGGCGGCCCCGGGGCGAAGCGGCGGGCGCCGGCCCCGCCGCCCCAAAGCGGAAGCUGGAGGAGGCGGAGGCGCCGCCGGGCAAGCGGCCCGGGCUGCGGGGCAGCAGCCCACGCGGGGAGCAGGGGGACGCGGGGGGCAGGCGGCGGCGGCGCGGCGGGCCCGCGGCGUCCCAGGAGGAGCGGACGGUGGAGGGGCGCGCCGGCGGCCGGGUCAAAGAGCGGGCCGCCGCCGCUGAGAGCCAGCAGAUAAAGCAUGACGUUUUUCAAGAGCCGUACCAAAAUGGUUAUACCAGUUUAUUUGUUAAAAAGUACUUCUGUUCGGCACCUGUUACAGCUGAGACAUUAAACAAGAAGAAUUCUGUCAGUAUAACUCAUUCCUGUAUUGGAGAGCACCACUGCCUACUAUUGAUUUGUCUGAUAUUCAGAACCUGGAUGGAGAGACUCCACCAGAAGCUAAAACUCCUUCAAAGACUGAUACCAUGGAGACUGAAAUGGAGACGUGAUCAACUGUUUCAUAGUUGUACAUCUGCUCGCAGGAAACUCGUUUCCAUUUGGAUUCAGAUUUUUCUACUUGGGAGAAGAAUAAGCGUGCUUCUGCCUUCUUGAAGAAACAGUGUUCUGUCAGUCUGAAAAAGCAAGUCUGAGUUGUCUAAGUGGAUGGGAUAAUAACUCAUAUUAGGUACUUAAUAGUAAGCUUUCUGGAGGUGUACAGUGUGGAGGAGUCUAUGAUGUCUAGCAAGGAUGCUUGAAAACAUGGAGGCAGUCUAAAAGAAGACUACAGAAAUUGAGAACUUUGGGAUGCAAUUAAAAGAAAUGGGUGGAUAUGUUACAUGGCAAAAGGAAAUGGAGAAUCAUUUUACCUGUCCUGAAUAGAAAGAUGUAGCUGUGGUAUCUGAAAGCGAAAUAUUUAUCUUCUGAAUUUCAUCAUAAGACACAUAAACUGUAGUGAUUUUUAGUGGGUUUUUUCCAAGUGAUAGCUAAACUGAAAAAUAAGAGCCUACCAAAAUCAGACACAACAUUCCCGUUUCUAUGCAAACCAAAAACAAGUGUGUCAGGGAGAGGGAAGGAAAAGGGGAUAUUUUCUUCUGUAAGCUGCCAAUGUUUUGAAAGUUUUUCACAUUCUCCUUGUGAAAACGUUUUUUCACCUUCUCCUUUUCACAUUACCCAAAGCAGUAGGCAGCCAGCUUUUAGGUUUUUGGUCCGUUCUCAAAUUAAUGCUAUUCUUAUCUUUGUGAUGUUAAGCCCUGAACCAGUCGGUAGCAUCGAAAUGACAGGUGUUUGCAGAUACAUCAAGAAAACUUAAUGCAAUAUAAAAUUGCCACAUACACUUUUUCAAACUUAACUGAGGUGUAGUUUUUGCACACUGUAGAUCUUGAGAAAAAAUUUUUACAGAAGUUCAUUGAGUUUGGGUUUUUUUGAUGUGAAAUAUGAACUUAAUACUUGUCAUUUGUAAUUUAUUUACCAGUUGAAGUACAAUUAAAAAUACUUGUCUUUAAUAAUAGAUGCUGAAGUUGUAUGGGUAGAAUGUCAGACUUUGCAAAUGUGAUUUGUCUUUAAGGACAGCAAACACUGUAUUUUUGUUGAAAUCACCAUUGAAGAAAGCAGCUUGUGAAUUUUUUUUUUUUUUUUUUUUUUUUUAGUAUGUGUUUGCUGAAGGA